GCCAUAUUUGUUCACGGUUUAAGGUCGUCGAAGUAUCAGCAAUGGAGUAACUUGCCCAACUUCCGAAGAAUAAGCUCCGCUUCGCGCAGACGUGCGAACAGUUAACUAUGAUGACCAAAACGCAUCCAAAAUGGACCCCUCUUCCCUUACCUUCACUAUCUUCAUAUGGAUCACUCGGUCUUCAAAUAUUCAAAGCUGGAAACCAGCACUCCAACCUGGAGUGCCGGCUUCGUGUCUCCUUCUUGCUCUGCAUUCACUGAUGUUUGCUCCAUCAAGUCAAGAUGCUCAGACUUUUUGGGCAGUGGUGAUGAUACUGACAGUUGUCCAGAUUUUUUGUCCGAUAUAUCGACAGAACCAAGCUUGGAUGUGGGGGAAACUUGUGGUUUGUUGCAUUCUGACUUUGUCCCUGACGAAGUUCUUGAGUUCGUCGCUGAUUAUUCAGCUCGUCAUUUUGAAGGUUCUUCCGAUUCUUCCAGUAGCAGUGUCGCUGGUUAUGUAGCUGAUUUACCUCAUGCCAGUGAUUUCUAUUUGCCUGUGGCUCCUGGUCGCUUCAAGUCGACAGGUUUAUUAGAGUGCAAGUCUGAUCGUAUAUUUGGUACUGUUUUGCAUGGUACGCAGUCUAAACGACGCCGGGAGGUUAACCGUGAAGCUUCCAGACGUUACCGUCAAAAGCUGAAACAAAAGUCCCUACAAACUCAGUCAGACCUGGCUGACGUUACAUCUGCAUACAAGCGAUCGAAAUUGGCAUAUGAAAAAGCUGAGCAUGCUUUUGAUGUGUUAAAAAACAUUGUCCUCGACCUGGUUAGCCUUACAUCCUAAUAUUGUUCUUUCUAAAAUCUUAUUCAUUUAGUUUGCUUGCGGUUUUGUCUCUUCUUUCUUGUUCUGCAGUUCGAAACCACUGUCCAAUAUAUUUCUGAGCAAUACAUUUUCCCUCUUACUA